AUGUCUUGGUUGUUUGGUGGCAAGCAGGACCAAAAGUCCGACACAGCGGCCUCCAAUACGCUUGGAUUUGACCCCGCUCAAGUAUCAGAUGUUUCGUCAAUUAUACAGACUCCGGGAGUUCUCAACACCGCACAAUUGCAUCCUUUAGCUGGUUUAGAUAAGGGCAUAGAGUACUUGGAUCUUGAAGAAGAACAAUUAACGACGGUCCAGGGAGCCCAGGGACUCAUUCCCUCGAGAAACUGGACAGAUGAUUUGUGUUAUGGUACCGGUGCAGUUUAUCUUCUUGGAUUAGGAAUUGGAGGAGCAUACGGAAUGCAAGAAGGAUUAAGAAACCUUCCCCCACAAGCAACCCCUCGGUUACAACUCAACACUGUUUUAAAUCACAUCACCAAGAGAGGACCAUUUUUGGGUAAUAGUGCUGGAGUUUUGGCGUUAACAUAUAAUUUGAUCGAUUCAUCAUUGGAUGCAUUGAGAGAGAAGCACGACGAUGCCAAUUCCAUUGCAGCUGGAGCUUUAGCCGGAGCACUUUUCCGGAGCAGUGCUGGACUCAAGCCUAUGGGUUACUCAACGGCAUUGAUGGCAGGAGCAGCUGGCGCAUGGUGUGGACUUAAACGUCUUUUGGCAUGA